AUGGAUUGCAAAGCGAGCCUUAGCCCCCUGGAGCAAAGUGCCGCUUCGUACCUGGAUCAGCUUGCACUUGCUCUGGGAGACUUCUUGCCCCUGACUGGAUCUGUUGAUGUCAGGCACUACGAGGUCAGCUCGUCACAUGAUGGGCACUCCGGGCACACUCUCCGCACUGUAGCCGUGGACACGAACCGCUUUCCAGCAGGGUUCAACAACGUUGAUCCUGCAGACCACACGCAUCUUGCAGCUGCCUUCCGGACAUCUCCGUCUUUGCAAGCCGCUGAUGAAAUCGUGGUGGUGCAUGAGGGUCAUACACGCAUGCUUGCGUAUCACCAGAGUGUGGAUGCUCUCGUCGCCAUCCUCCAGACGGCCUUUCCCACCAAGGCUGUCGUGCGAGUGCCUCUGAACGAGCUGCAGGAGCGAUACGGAAGCGCUGCAAGAAAUGAAGCUGCUGAUCAUACAAGCCCGAAGCAAUUUUUCCUCUUGAACGCCGAUCUCUCUGUCGAGGUGGACGGCCAGGGCGACGACGCGGAUGCACCGGCAUCCUACUACCGAUUCCUGCCGAAGCUGGAUCGGUGCAUGGGCUACUUAGGUUGGGAUGUGCGCUCAAAGGCCGCGCACUUCGGCUUUCUCCACCCCAUCCUUGAGCAGUGCUGCAUGCGCUUAGGGGUCCCUCUUUCCACGCUGCAGGCCAGUUUCGCAGUUUCGGAUGCCAACAUCUGUGUCGCCAACCCACGGCAUCGGGAGCAUCUCGCAGGUCUUGUAGAUCGCCUGACAGCUGCCACAAAGGCACCGAACAUCUUCGUGAAGAAUGACAGAGGUACCUAUGGCCUUGGCUUGUGGGCUUUCGCGAGGGGUAGCGAGCUCCGCAAGGGGAACUCGAGCAUUCUAGACAAGCUGUCCUAUGCGCGUCAUGGUGGCAGGGCAACGCGGUUUUUGCUCCAAGAAGGAGUGCCUUCAACUUUGAGAUGUGGACCUGGAGAACGUGAAGGGCGGCCAUUGGAGAUAGUCUUGGUAUGUAUCCGUGGAGAGGUUUGUUCGUAUUUUGCUCGUUUGGGUGCUGGAUCGUCCACGUCGACGGGGAGCUUGAACGUCCCCGGAAGCUGCUUCGUGAGACGCGAGGAGUUCGAGAGCUCGCCAGAGUUCGCGGAAGCAGCGCAGCUGGUGCAAAAGAACUGGGGCCGCUAUGUCCUCCUCGGAAAAGCAGCCAUGCUCGCCAUGGCGCGCGAGGCGAUUUGGUACAGCCUUGGUCUGGCAUCAGGCAGUCUGGAUCUCUAUGAAGCGCCACGCGCCGAGUGGGUGCAGGUGGCGGAGCCUCGUGCUGAAAGCAGCAAGCCUCAGAUGCCUCCAGAAAGUGCCGAUUUGGCUGCUGACGGGGUCGAGUCGAAGCGCAGCCGCCGGCGCAAGAUGCAACGCGAGUCUUCUCCGCUGCCUCCACAGAUAGCCGAUGCCAUGCUGCGCCGGCUCGUGUCCAAGGCCAUGUCUUUGGUAGCUCGGCAUCUGGAAGGUGUUGCUGGAUCGCGCAUCGCCCGACAGAGGUUCGCUCAAACUCUCGCAGUGUGGCGGCGGGAGGCCUUGAAGGACCUGCGCCGGGAUAAUGGCAUCUCACCAGAUGAGGCCCAGAAUACUUCGGUGUCCUCACUCAGGGAGUUGGUCGUGAGCUUUCUGGGCGAGAUCUUGAGCGAGCCCAUCCCUGCAGACUCCCUGUGCUUUGAGUCAGGUGAUGAACUAGCAGGAGGCAAGCAUCAAUGCGAUCCUGGUGGAGCACCAGCAGAUGACAGUGCAACCGGCAAGCCUGCGCUUCCCAGCCCUCAGGAGGAUCCAGCGAAGAAGGCGGAGAAGAAGACUGCGCCACAGACCUCUGGGCCCAUGUCCGGAAAGGCUGUUGACGAGUAUCUCCGUGCUGCGGUGGCUGCACGGAUGAAAUUCGUGCCUGCCGCGGAGAAGCCCGCUGUUGCCAAGCGGGCGCAAGAGGUCAAGAAGAAGAUGCAAUCACAAGCUUUUUCCACGGAGUCCGAGCUUAGCGCUGAAUUCGAGCGCCUGAUGGACUCCAAGCCUUAA